CAGUUGCAGUGCUCCUCUGUCGCCUGUGCGCGGCGCUGUUCUCUGUUGUGUUUCGUUAUGGUGCCGCUGCUGGCCGCAGAUGCGGCGAUACCCUUGCGUGUGAACGCGUCGUGCGGCGCUCGGUCAGCGGCUGCGGGGACGCUGCGCCUCCGGUGACUGAUUAUUAUUAUUCUUGUUAUCAUUAUUAUUAUUAUUGUUGUUAUUAUUAUUAUGAGGAAGAGGAGGAGGAGCGACCGUCGUCAGGAGGAAGGACGCGCGUCUGUGUCUCUGUCUCUGUGUGUCUGUCCAUCAGCGGCCCGUGGAUCGUGGUUUGAGGCUGGAUUUGAAGAUCACAGCAGGGAAGGAUGUGAUGAAAAGGUUUGAUGAUGAAAGGAAGAAGAGGAGCAGAGAGGAGGAGGAUUGAGCGCUCGUUUUAAUCUGGCACCGUUUACAAUCAGUCUACAUCUACAGUAGAAUGCAGUAAACCACCUGGAUUAUCACUGUAUGGUGAUCAUGGCGUACUGCGGCCGCUCUCUGGACUCCCCGUGCACUCUGGCCUUGCUGGUCGGCUUCCAGUUCGCCUUUGUCCUCUACUUCUCCCUCGGAGGCUUCAGAGGACUGGUGUCCGUGCUGGUGCACACCACGCAGCCGGAGUUCGAUUACUCUCGACCGCACGACGUCUACACCAACCUCAGUCACCUGGGAGCGCCGCCCCCGCCGCCUCGCAACUCUGGCACGGGACCUCCUGCCACGGUGCCACCGCUGAGAGACUGCCAGAUCCCAUCACCACUGCUGGUUGGACCCGUGUCCGUCCAUCUCGCCGCACCUCUGUCUCUGGACGAGAUCAGACAGAGGAAUCCGUUAGUGUUGCCAGGCGGACGCUACCGGCCGCCUGACUGCGAGUCCCGCCACCACACGGCCAUAGUGGUGCCAUACCGGAACCGGCUUACCCACCUCCGUGCUCUGCUCUACCACCUGCACCCGUUCCUGCAGAGGCAGCAGAUCCACUACAGCAUCUACAUCGUGCAGCAGUGGGGGAACGGCACUUUUAACCGGGCCAAGCUGCUCAACGUCGGCGUGCGCGAGGCCCUGCGAGACGAAGACUGGAGCUGCAUCUUCCUGCACGACGUGGACCUGCUGCCCGAGAACGACCACAACACCUACACCUGCCACAAGCAGUUCCCCACACACCUGUCUGUGGCCAUGGACAAGUUCAGAUACAGGCUGCCGUACUCGCAGUACUUUGGUGGGGUUUCUGCACUGACGCCAGACCAGUACAUGAAGAUGAAUGGCUUCCCAAACCAGUACUGGGGCUGGGGUGGAGAGGACGACGACAUCGCUGCCCGAGUUCGUCUCUCUGGCAUGAAGAUUGUGCGCCCUCCAGUGGCCAUCGGCCAUUACAAGAUGAUCAAGCAUAAAGGAGACCGAGGCAACGAGCAAAAUCCACGCAGGUUUGACCUUCUGAAAAGGACCAGGCUCAACUGGCGCUCUGACGGCCUCAACUCUCUGACCUACGAGCUGCUUUCCAAAGAGCUGGAGCCUCUCUACACCAACCUCACCGUCAACAUCGGAGAGGACCCCCGUCUGCCCCCGGGGAAAGCGCCCGUUCCGGUGAAAACGGCGGUGCCUGUCCACCAACGUAGCACCAGCAAGAGCCAGGAGUCGGUGGCGGCCACGGUGGCGGUUGCGGCGGCGGCGAACAUGACUGUGGCCAAGUCGGUCGCUGAGGGGGCGGAGCCUAUGCGGUCGAAAACAGAGAGUGACACGACACACAGAGAAACUGGUGUUAAGACAUAGGACGGGGUGUCUGCACUGCAACAAAGUAGUUUAGAUCAGCUUUGCCGUGGAACUUCAAGUACACCAGCUUUCUGUGCUCCGUGCGGGUAAUUAUGCAAGGGAUCAAACGAAGAGGCCACUUUGGUCCAGGGCUCAAGAACACGACUGAGUCACCACCUGGUUUAUCUUCCACUGAAUGUGACUCUGCUUCUUGGAGAAAGUGAUGGACACGUUUCCACACAGAGGUCCAAAACAAACUCAAUGAACACGAGACGGCCAAUAUAUUAAAAUCUCUGCCCUUUUCCAGACACAUCGCAAGUCGUAUGUACGCAACCCAUCUGCCGCCAGCAGCUUCGCCAAGUCUGCGGCCAAAAUACUGCUACUGCCCCUACGCCACUGUGGGUCUGUGUUUCUGUGCCUUCUCUCUUUGAUGCGCGUUUUAUAGACUGGUAAGAGUCGCUUUCAGAUGUUACCUCUGUCCUCUGAGGUUUAAGCUGAUCCAAGGAAAAGAGCAAAUGGUUUGUUCCAACUUCCAGGACUGCCGUUUUAUAUCGCGUGCACUGACAAAAGCGUUGACCAACUCCAUAGUUACCAGACAAUUCUAAAGUUUUAUAUUUAUAUAGAGACUUAUUUAUUUGUUUGUUGUUUUGUCGUCUGCUUGUCUACAGUCUGGUGCCUCUCUCUCGCUCUACUCUCUUUCUCUUACAUUUAGUUUCUAGACAAUCAAAAGAUCGCCCUUUGUCCGACCACAUUAACAAAUUGGAGGAAAAAUCAUGUCACAUAAACAUGGACUCGGCAUGCUAGUUGUCCUAGUUUGACAGUAUUCUUAGAACUGUGCUUCUGAUACCAUCUGUGGUUAUAUCAUUUUUCUUUGAGAUUCAAGAGUUAAGGUUGAAAACUUAAUGUUAGCACUGGAUUAACCAGUGUCACACUGUGGUUUAAUUACAACAAAAGUGUGUAGUUGAAAUAAAGCACUGUGUAUCUUUGUGUAAGUGAGCGCCAGAGGUGAAUCAUGAGCGCAAUUCAAUGACUUGGAGACUACUAUGCCUGUACUGCAGGUAUCACUGGAGUAUUCCACUAGAGGGCCCACUUCAGAGUUGAUAUAGAACUACCAAAAUUCAGCGUGCAAAUUUAAUAAGUAGCUAGUUAACAUUCUGAGUAAAAGAAAUGCAAACCAACCUGCUCAAGGCCCGGGUAUACUUCCAUGCACAACGCGUGCUGACCUAAUACUCUCCAUGCGCAUCAAGCAAACUGCGUCAUCUUAAUUUUGGAACCACAUUGGGUGUGCUUGAACAGUGCAUGCGCGAACUGAAUUUCCGCCCCAGCGCUAGGUGGAGUAUUAAGCCCUGCUCACUAAACAGAAAAAAACAUUUGGACAACAGAAGAAGUAGUCAAGGAAAGUCAUCCGAGCCUUGAUAUGGCGACCCCAGAACCGGCCAGUACCCUGACUCUACCUGCCCAAUGAGCCUUUCAGCUGUGAGCCGCUCGAACAUGACGUGUCCGAGGGAGGUGUAGCAUCGUUCUCUGCCUCUUCUUUGGUAGGAAUGCUUCCUAUUCCCUACGUCCCCAGAUUUGUACCGCCACCUGAUGGGGAAGUGGGAUACUACAAGACCCUGACACGCAACUAUAUCAGGGUCCAUGUGUGUGGAAGUAUACCACGGGCUUAAUGCUCCCUGUUAUACUUGUGCAGGCCGAGUGUUUCCAGCAAGUUGUAGUUAUCAUUUUGUGGCCCUGGAACAUGCUAACCUGGCUAGCAUGGUUACCAUGCUAAGCAGUCUGAUGGUAAGAUUUUUUUGUUAUCUUCUGUUACCGUCUGUUGCGUACUAGCCUUUGCACUGCCCCCUACCUUUCAUUUGAGUAUUACAACUUGCGGACAUGUCAACUUCAUGUCGGAGAAACAGACUCAGGUUUUGUAGAAAAAACAGAAACCCUAUCUGGAUCCGGUGAGAUCCAACACAUCGGGCCGAGUUCAAACAAAUAUAUCGUGAUUGUAAUUGUGAAGUAUCACAUAUUUGUUAUUUCAUAUCUACUGAAUGUGCGUAUUGUUGAUCAUUUUCACUGCAUGUGUGUGUGUGUAAUCAGCGGAAACAAGUAGUAACUGUGUAUCCGGUGUGUAUCACCAACAGGGUGACAGCUCACUGUAACUGCAUCAGGCAUUCCAACCUUACCAGUACUUUUCGGGUUAGGGUUGGACUUUGUAGUUUUUCAGGGUCAGGUUCAAAGUGUACACAUAUGUAGAGUUAACAGCAAGUGUUUCUCUGGCCAAAUGUGGUACUAACAAUACUAACACUUUCAGUAAGUAAGGGAGAUAAGACCUGCGUUUAAGACACAAAACCAGAACAUGCAUAAACCUGUAGAUCUUUCUGUGUUCACAGCUAGGGACGGGUUCUAAACUGGUAGAGGUUUCUGAAAAGUAGCAAAGAAACAACUUAAUCCACACUGUCCUAAUCCAGUCUUCAGUUUUUGCACCAGAUUAUAGAGAGUAGGAUCAUCAAGGAUCAGUAUCGUUACCAGUCCUUAUCAAAUCCCUAUUCAUAGCUUAAAUAUCGUGUUUCAUCUCUCUGGCAGUGCUUUUUUUUUUUUUUAAGUAAUAACUACGUGGAAUGUAAUAUUUUUCGUGUCCCUCAUGGUUGUUUAACUUUUAUUUAUUUAUUUAUUUAUGAAUUGAUUUAUUUAUUGAUAGAUGCGGUGCUUGUGUUUGACUUGAAUCUGAACACUAGUUUGUAUAGGUUAUAGGUUUAGGUCUUGCUGCUAAUAGACUUGGGGAAACUGUUCAACGUUGCUUGAUGAUGACGUUGCUUGAAAAAUGACAUUUAUCACAGUAUGUAAUGAAUGUAUUUAAUUUAUUGGUUAUUUAUUUAACUCAUUAACUCAAAGACUUUACCUAUUUGAUUUUUUUCAGUACGCGUGUGUGUGUGUGUUUUUGGUCUUAAAAACACGCCCGCCUCCACUGUGCAUGAACCACAUCCAUUUUUCUGAUGUUAACAUUGUGCCUCAUGGUGUAUGGAAUGGCACUUUUCUAUUAUACAGUUGUAAACACGUCGUUUUCCUUUACUUCAUAGAACCUCAAUGUGGACGCGGUCAACAUUGCAUGGCUGCGUGAGACUGUUGUGACGUGAUUUGAUACGCGACACAGCGCGUAGGCUGAGCGUGCAGCCCAGAUUUUGGAGCAUGCAAAGAGCGUGUUGGGUGCGCGUGUGUAUGCCGCAUGAAUUUCUGCCCCACCUGUAGGUGGAGUAUUGAGACCCGCUCACCAAGCAGGCGGUAUACCAGGGCCUUUGGACAUUUCCUUUUUUUGUUUCAUGAUUUUUAAAGUCCUUUUAACUGGUCUACAGUUCAGCAUUGAUCUCUUUGUGUCUAGUGUCGGAAGUCGCACUCAUGACUCUUCCAUUGACGACACUCUGACCGAUAAGUGACCGGCGGUCUGUUGACGUAGCUUGGAACCUCGCCAGAGCAGGUACAAAAAAAAGUCCAAAGUACCCUAAUGGAAAAACAAAGAAACCGAGUAGAGCAAGAACUGUAUAAUGGAAAAGCACCAUAAGUCAGGUAUAGGGUUUAUGUGUGAGUGCCCUCAUGUGGUGAGGUCUGGUCAUUACGCCAGUCUAGAGGAACCAAGGCUUGAGUGAAACUGCAGUGUUCUGACAUGAAUGUGAACUUGUUGGCGUCAGCCAUUCACAGACAGGCUUCAGCCAAUCCGAUCUUUUGUACUGGCUUGAGUUGUAUCACGUGACUGAAGCUAAUGUCUUAAAGGUGUCGUAAACUUUUAUUGGUUAAUAGAAACAAAAAAGACUGAAAAAAAAGGCAUGUGUUUUAUGAAUGGGACUAGUUUUUUAGACUGAAUCUAUGUUUAUUUAUGGAGAAAUAUUACCCGUUUAAACAAAAAGUGCUGUAACCAGAUAACAGAGUAUAUAGAGACAAUAAUUUCCUAGCUUUAUACAACACAAUUACUAUUAUUGCAUAUCAGUAGAUUAUACAUACACAUAUACAUAUAUACAUACAUAUAGAUGUAUAUAUAUGUAUAUAUAUGUCCUCCAGUCAUCAUAUUGCCUACCUGACACGUUGAAAGCUUUUAAGGAUGUUGUGUAAUCUCAGCAGCCUGUGUGUGUUUACCUAGAGAUUGUUACUAUAUUUAAUAAAUAGGGUAGUUUUUAUAGGGUGUGUCGUGUUCAGUGUCAGGAUUAGAAAUGAAAUGAAGUCAGUGACCAGGACUGGGUUUUGAUGGUUACAUUGUUGUUUUUGUUUUCUUCAUAUCAUUUCUGUAUUUUUGUUAUUGAACACACACACAUAAGUGUGUGAGUCCUGAUUGAAGUGUGUGUAUUCCUGGCAAAUAAGACAUGAUUAAUACAUGACAUGGCUAAUCAUUUUAGCAUCACUAACGUCA